CCGCCUAUCCUCUUAUAAAGUUUCUGCUCCAUAAAAAAACAAUUAACACAGAAGAUACAGCUUUCAUCAUCGCCCCAAUAUUCAUUUAUUUAUUUAUUUUAUAUUUUUGAGCUGAUACUAUAACUACAAAACGAAUCCACGACCACCAAGACAAGUUUAUCUGCUAAAUCCAACUAAACACAACUAUCUUCUCUCUUUACUUUUUUCUUUUUCUUUUGUCGGUGAAUUUGGAAUUUUCUCACCGCCAUAUCACCAUAAUAACACCUGCAACCUCUCUCUCCCCCCCGACAUAUUUAUUCUCUAUCAUCGUCUCUCUCUUCAGCAAAUCGGUCAAAUUCUCAAAACCCACCUCAAAAGUCUCUCUCUUUGGAGGGUUUACGAAUUAAGAUCCUCCAUGGACGGCGGCGGAGCAGCUGACGUGGCAGUCGCCAUGACAACGAGGAAGAGAGAGAGACCUUACAAGGGCAUAAGGAUGAGGAAGUGGGGAAAAUGGGUUGCGGAGAUUCGAGAGCCUAACAAGCGGACAAGGCUAUGGCUCGGCUCUUACUCCACUCCUGAGGCGGCGGCGCGAGCCUACGACACGGCGGUUUUCUACCUCAGAGGACCAACGGCGAGGCUCAACUUCCCUGAGUUUCUUACCGGAGAGAAAUUCUCCGAGGAGGACAUGUCGGGCGAUACGAUUAGGAAAAAAGCGACGGAGGUUGGUGCUCAGGUAGACGCUUUGGGCACGGCGGUGCUAAAUAGCCGCCACCGUGUGUUUGGUCAGAACGGAGAGAGUGAUGAUAGUAAUAAGAAUUUUCAUCGGAGUUAUCGAAACGGUGAGUUGGAAGAAGAUGAUAAGAGUUUGAAGAGUGGCGGCUGGUUAUUGGAACGGGUUGACUUGAAUAAGGUACCCGACCCGGAAAGCUCCGAUGACGACUGGGAAAGCAAAUAAAAAAUUUGAAAUAUAUUUUGGAGCGGUGGCUGCUGCUAAACGCACGCCUCGGCCUACCUCUGUGGAAAUCAUUAGCACCGGUUAUGUUUUUUUUUUUUUUUUUUUGCAUUAUCUACAAAUUUUAGUUUUUUAGUUAUUAUUUUUUGCAUAAUUUUGUCUUUUAUUACGGUGCGGUUUAUGGAAUUUUAGGCUAUUGCUUAAUAAUGCAAAAUGUAUAUUAUCUCACUCAUUAAUAAUUAAUGAAAGUCGCCCUAUUGUUAAAUUA